AUGCCGACCAUCAUCCGACCGCACGACAAAGUCGUGGGCAAAUGCACACAUGCGCCAUCACCUCGUCGAGACUUUUUCAAGCAGGUAUCGCGCGAGGCUUCAUCUCGGGAGUCUGUCCAAACAUCCGUAUCCGACGCAGACAAUGGCACUAUCUUAGCCUGCCAAAACAGGUUCAUGUACACAGUGCUCCGCGCCUGGCAGCAACACUUACACCUCGGGCUGCGGCCCGAUGAUGUCUGGUUAGCCGUGCUCGUCCAAUUCAACUUCUUCGUCAACGGGGCUAGCCGCGCUGAAGCCUUGCGCGACCGCUUCGUCGCCCACGAGGGCCAACACGAGCUCGUUGUCGGAAGCGGAGCCGGCCAGGCUAUUGAAAAAAUCGACGUGGCAGCAUCGACGGAGCUUCUUGUUGUUCUUCUCCGCAAGAAGCUGGUCGAUGCCAACCUGACCGACUGGCUGCUUCCGACCUUUAGCACGACCUUGCCGCGUGACCGCUCGACUGGCGCCGCCGUAUUUCUAGGGACCAUGAAGCAUUACUUCACCUACGGCAUGGUUGGUUAG